AUGUUAUUCCUCAAUAAAGAGACGGCCGACACAAAUCUGGAGGAUACGUUUAACGAUCAAGAAUUACUUUGGAAAGUAUUGGUAUUGGACAAGAAGAGUACGGCCAUUGUCUCCUCCAUUUUACGUGUCAAUGACUUGUUGAAAGCUGGCGUCACAGUACAUUCAUUAAUAAAACAGGAUAGAGCACCAUUACCGGAUGUACCAGUCGUUUAUUUCGUAUCGCCAUCGCAGGAAAAUAUCGAUAUUAUUGUUCAAGACUUAAAAGAUGACAAAUAUUCCGAUUUCUACGUUAAUUUUACUUCCACUCUAGACAGAGAGUUAUUAGAAGCCUUUGCACAACAAGUGGCAAUUACAGGAAAGUCGGAGAAGAUCAAACAGGUUUUUGAUCAAUAUUUAGACUUUAUUGUAACUGAACCUGAAUUGUUUUCCUUAGAAUUGCCCAACUCAUAUGCAUUACUAAACUCUCCAUCUGCCUCAGAAGAAUCAAUUAAUACCUUAUGUGAUAGUAUUGCCGAUGGGUUAUUCAAUUCCGUAAUGACAACAAAAUCAAUCCCCAUCAUUAGAGCACCAAGUGGGGGACCUGCAGAAAUGAUAGCAGAGAAAUUAGGUAGAAAGCUACGUGACUAUGUUAUUAAUACCAAGUCUUCCACUAGUUCGACAUCAUUGACUAAUACUGAUUCUUUUGAAAGGAGUGUCCUGAUUAUUCUGGAUAGAAAAAUCGAUUUCGCAUGUAUGUUUUCUCACUCGUGGAUUUAUCAAUGUAUGGUCUUUGAUAUAUUUAAAUUAUCAAGAAAUACUAUUACUAUCCCUGUGAAAAAUGAAUCUGGUGAAGUAACAGAAAAGAGAUUUGAUAUCGAACCAACUGAUUUCUUCUGGAAUGAGAAUUCUCAUUUACCUUUCCCUGAAGCUGCUGAAAAUGUGGAAAUUGCCCUAUCAGAUUACAAAAAUGAAGCUGCAGAAAUAACUAAGAGAACAGGCGUCACUAACCUAACUGAUUUGGAUCCAAAUUCUGCAAAUGAUACAACGCAAAUCCAAGAAGCAGUCAAGAAAUUGCCGGAAUUGACAGCCAGAAAGAAUAUUAUUGAUACACAUAUGAAUAUAUUUGGAUCUCUGCUAUCAGAAUUGGAAACCAAAAAUUUGGACAAAUUCUUCGAAAUUGAACAAAACGUGGACGGAUCUAAAUUGAAAACUCAAUUCCUAGAAAUAUUAAAUGAUAACAAGACUAAUAAUCUAGAAGACAAGAUGAGAUCCUUUAUUGUACUAUUCUUGACUUCAGAAAAAGGUUUAUCAAAGGACUUUAUCUCAGAUGUGGAAAAAUAUUUUGCAUCAAAUGAAUAUGACAUCAGCGCAUUGAAAUAUGUUUAUAAAUUAAGAGAGUUUAUGCAAUUAUCCAACAUGAGUUUACAAAAUAAAUCUUUAGAAGAUGGUAACAACAAUGGGAAUAAAUCUGCUAAAACAGGUAACUUAUCACUUUCUGGAUUAUAUGGGCUAACCGAAGGAAGUCUUCAAGGUGGUGUCGGUAGUUUAAUAUCGGGUAUCAAGAAACUACUACCUGAGAAGAAAACUAUUCCAAUAACAAAUGUUGUCGAAGCCAUUAUGGACCCUCUAAAUAGUUCACAAAAAAAUUUAGAGACCACAGAUAGUUAUCUGUACAUAGAUCCACGUAUUACUAGAGGUUCACAUACAAAAAAACCCAAAAGACAAUCAUACCAUAAAUCUUUAGUAUUUGUCGUUGGUGGUGGUAAUUAUUUUGAAUACCAAAAUCUUCAAGAAUGGGCACAUUCUCAAUUACAUAAUCCAAAGAAGGUUAUGUAUGGUAGUACCACAAUCACUACUCCAGACGAAUUUUUGAAGGAAAUAUCAGAACUAGGCUCUGCCUAA